GAUGGCGGGUUGGUCUGAUAACAACGAUGCAAUUGGGUCCUUAUGGCCAAAGAUCUCUUCUAACCCUUUCCUUCUCCGGAUUAAACCUAAUCUGAAGCUUGUAAGAAGUAUAGAAUGGAAGAUCUGGCUUAGACAUUAGUUAAUUUGCAGUACCGUUUCCUUUCGACGUUCUGUGACAGUAACUUUGGUCGGUUGCUUUCCUGUACGAAAGCCACUGGGUUCCUUGUUAUCAAUUAGGUGGGAGACUGCAGUAAAAAGGGCAAAAAAAGGGCACGAAGAAGCAUACUAUCGUGUUUCCAUGUGCUUGUACCACUUGUGUGUCCACAUGUCGCGUUUGGUCGCUUUCUUUACCUUUUCCUCACGGCAAGCCUUUUCCUUGCGAUCUCCUUUUUGAUGUGUUGAUGGAGAAGGUGAAAGAUUUCUAGCUUUUUAGCUCGGUUUGUGGUUAACUGUGCUUGUGUGGGAGGAAAUAAAAGGCAUUCCAACAUCCUUCAUCCAAGAAUAGAAAGUUAGAGCUGUCCCAAGUUGACUUCUUUGUUUAUUUUCCUUCAGCCCGAACAAUGCCUUGUGGUUGAUUGAUAAGAAGUGUUCUGUGGUAGCUCAAGUUAUUUGGCACCUUCCGAUGGGAGGGCCCGAGUACACGGAAUAAAGUUGAUCAUAGAUUGGUGGAGCAGAAAAUUUUGAGAGAAAAUAACUACGGGGUAAAGUUGAUAUCCAUGGAUGUGUUCCUUUUUAAGGGAGCACUAGUGCUAAUUGUUUUAUCAGCCAACUGGUAGUACAGACGUUGAUCAGAUUUGUGGCAGAAUAAACCAACAGAGGGAAAUUUGUGUCUUGUGUUUUUUUUCAUGUUUCAGCUGUAAGAAAAGGAAGUGUAAGAAAUGCCUUAGAUGCUUCCGAGUCAUUGCUCCCGUGAAAGGAGUUUGCUGUAGCCUGGAUCAAAGAAGAUAAGCGCAGAAGAUUCAUUAUGUUUCUGUGAGUUCAGCAGGAAACACGAUUGCUUUUGUUAUUGAUGUGUAUGGACAUUAACCGUAUCCUGGCAUGACAACCGCAGUUUGCUUUUCACAAGCUCCUGUCAUUAAGGAUGGAAGAAGUCAAGAAGAGCCUGUGAAAUUUUCUUGCACCUCCGAGUGCAUUUUAUUAGUCAUUUCUUCCAUCAGAAUUAUACUUGAAAUCUGCAAGUGCUUCUUGGAUGGAUUGGGUUGCCAAGACUCCACUCCAGUGGGAUUGGGAAACUCUGGAAUUAUUCAGUGAAAAAGAAAAAGAAAUAUGUAAAUCUGCACAAGAACCUCUGUUGAAGAGUCAAGGCAGCAUGGGUAUUUGCAAUGGAUCUGUGUGUUCAUCUCAUGGUGAAGCAUCAUCUGCUCUAGAAUUGGGCAAUAGUUCAUCCAAAAUCUUCGUCUCGUCAUCGGUUGACUCUUCACCUAAGACAGAACAGAGAAAUUUGGAGUUUAACUUUAAUUCAGCUGAAGCGACCCCUCAUAGCUCGAAUAAGAUUAUCUUUGCAAGGGUUGGGGGUUCUGGAACUUCACCUGUUCCUUUGGCUGCAGGCCGCCGUAAGGAACCACUUACUCGUUUGAAGCUUGGGCACACCUAUUUUGAAGAAGGUGGUGCAAAGAAUAAUGUCAAAAGCUCAUCUUCCUUGCCUCCUUUGGCCUCAUCCGCUGUUGUAGCUAAGAAACCUAGGGUGUCUCAGCAGAGCUCACAAAGCCCCUACUGCCAGGUUGAGGGUUGUAACAUUGACCUUACCAUAGCUAAAGAUUAUCAUCGCAAACAUAGAAUCUGUGAAAGCCAUUCAAAGUCUCCCAAGGUAAUUGUAGCUGGUCAGGAGCGCCGGUUUUGUCAACAGUGUAGCAGGUUUCAUCAUUUGUCUGAGUUUGAUCAAACAAAGAGAAGUUGCCGUAGGCGUCUAUCUGAUCAUAAUGCACGCCGUAGGAAGCCACAGCCAGCAACGAUCUCAUUCAAUUCUUCAAGGAUUUCCUCAUCAUUUUAUGAUGAUAGACAUCAGAUGAAUCUUGAUUUUGGUCCAACUCCUCUGGGUCACAUGACAACCACCGUAAGUUUCCCAUGGGAUGGCCCAAGCAACUUCAAGCUUGUUCAACCCAAUUCUUGGACAAAGUCAAAUAAAGUAGCAGGCAUUAAUGGGCAGCUGCAGUUUUCUAAAUCUUGUCAAACACACAAUAUUUCCACCCUUCGCCAUGUCAACAUGGACGGGCUGUUGCCUACCAAGGGCACCACUGUCGAUGUCUUAAAUGAAGCUCUGGAAUCAUCUGCUUUUGCUUCCAACUUGGAUGGAGCACCGGGUCUUGGUUGUGCUCUCUCUCUUCUGUCAAAUGAUCCAUGCGGUUCAGCCAACCCAGGACCAACUUCUCAUAUCAAGCUUGCUAAAGCAAAGAAUGCAGUUGCUAUCCGUCCUGCUGCAAGUCCGGUUGAUUUAGCAACAAGGUUUUUGCAGGAUGAUCAGUCACCAUCACAGUCCAUGAUGCUGCCGUUCAACCCGCAAAACGGUAAUGGUGGUCAGUUCCAGGAGUUUCAGCUGCACAAAGCACCAUACCAAGCCUCCUUCUUCGACUCCACUCGGAUACACUGAGACCCUCGACCAGAUCACAAUUACAUUGUUCUGAAUCCAAGGUGAUGUUCUUGCUAUCGACACUGGAUUGAUCAGCUCCAGAUGCUUGGCAACAUUUACUUGUAUGCCUUUCUGUGGCAUCCACUCCGAUACCAUCAGCUCCUACUCUUUAAGGCUUUCUUCCUUUCCCUUGUUCCGGUGAAAGAUGCAAGCGCGUCGAUAAGUGAUCGUGUCAUCGAAGAAGUUUACUUCCUUGAUGAGCUUCAAUGAGGUUCCCUUCGAUCUAUUUAUAGUUAAGAGUAUCUGUCCAUGCCAAACGGUACUAAAUUUCUCAGCUGAGAACAUUUGCUGCUUCUAUGACUGCUUUGUUCUUGAUGAAUAUGGAAACCUUUGGU